GGCGCCUGGGGUGUGCGAGGCGGGUCGUGGGACGGGAUCGCCUGUCCUGCAGCCGCCCAGUCCUGCCCCAAGCCCGCACGCCAGGCGCAGCCGCCGCCGGAGGAGGGGCGACCACCCCGAGUCCGCCCCGCCCCGGGAGAGGCCCCUGCCCAGACCCCGGGUUCCGGGGCACCCUGGCCAAGCCGAUCCCUGGGGGCCCUUCGCCCCCCACUCCGACUGCCUCCCAAAACAGGGUGGGGAAGGGGGUCGGAGCUCCCCGGCCACCAUCUCCGCCUCCGAGAAAGCCGCCUGAUUAGCGCCGGGACAGGACGCGGGAGAUGGGCGCCCGGCCCUCGCGGCAGCAGGUGCCCGCGGAGCCGCCCCUGGCCCUGGACGCGCUGCCCCCCGAGCUGCUGGUGCAGGUGCUGAGCCACGUGCCGCCGCUGGCGCUGGUGACGCGCUGCCGGCCCGUGUGCCGCGCCUGGCGGGACGUGGUGGACGGGCCCUCCGUGUGGUUGCUGCAGCUGGCCCGCGACCGCAGCGCCCAGGGCCGCGCGCUCUACGCCCUGGCCCAGCGCUGCCCGCCCGCCGGCCAGGAAGAGGACGAACUGCCGCUCUGCGCCCUGGCGCGCUACUGUCUGCGCGCGCCCCUCAGCCGGAACCUCAUCUUCAACUCGUGCGGAGAGCUGGGCUUCAGAGGCUGGGAGGUAGAGCACGGAGGCAAUGGCUGGGCCGUGGAGAAGAAUGUCACACUGAUACCAGGAGCUCCUUCCCAGACCUGCUUCGUUACUUCGUUCGAGUGGUGUUUCAAGAGGCAGCUGGUGGACCUGGUGAUGGAGGGGCUCUGGCAGGAGCUGCUGGACAGCACCCAGCUUGAGAUCUGUGUGGCAGACUGGUGGGGAGCCCGAGAGAACUGUGGCUGCGUCUACCGGCUCCGGGUCCGCCUUCUGGACAUGCACGAAAAUGAAGUGGUCAAGUUCUCAGCUUCGCCCAACCCAGUCAUGCAGUGGACAGAGAGGGGCUGCCGACAGGUCUCCCACAUCUUCACCAACUUCGGCAAGGGCAUCCGCUACGUGUCAUUUGAGCAGUAUGGCAGGGACACGCGUUCCUGGGUGGGACACUAUGGUGCUCUGGUCACCCACUCCAGUGUGAAAGUGAGGAUCCGCUGCCUGUCCUAGC